AUGGUUUUAAUUAAACGCUCAAUGGAAUUUCAACAGUUUGCUCGUACAACCGUUGAAAAAUUACCAAUAAUUUAUCAGGAAAUUGAAAUGGAUGUAAUAUUUAAAGUUAAUGAUAUAACUGCUGCUAUCCAAGAUCAGACAUCAAUACCUGAAAAUAUGAAUUUUCAUCGUUUCUUUAUAACAUUUUCAUGGGGUAUAAUUAUACUUAUCGGUUAUUAUCUUAUGUAUUUUCAAGGAUCAAUAAUUUUACCAUUACUUUUGGAUUUUAUUAUUGACACAUCAUCAGCUAUACUACUUGCUUAUAUCAUUAUACCAGCAAUACUCUAUUUUAAUUUAUCAAAAUAUGAUGAAUAUAGUCGGAAAUCACGAUUCAUCUUGCUUCUUGCUGGUUUAUUUCAAGGUUUAUUAGUAGGUUUUGUAUUGAGUAAUUGUUCAACAACAAUUAUUUUACCAGUUGAAAUUAUUAAUAUGUUUUUUGUCACAGUAAUUUCACGAAUUUUGGGUCAUAAACUUCAUAAUGAUCGACAAGCAUAUUUUGGUAUCAUUAAUGGUAUUGGAUUUAUUUUCCUCAUCAUUAUUGGAUAUAUUAUACGACAUUUAACUAAGGCUUAUUUAUUUACAACUAUUUUAACUGUUCUUACAUCACAUGUUAUCAUACAAAUUUACAUGCGUCGAGUUAUGCAGGAUAUAGAUUUUUACAUAGAGUAUCCUUUUUCCUACAUGAUUAGUCUUGCAAAGGAUGGUUGA